UGANUCUACAACGCAUAAANUAUUACACUCUGUAACAGCUAAAGGCUCACUAAAUGCUGCGAUUCACGGNUUACCUAUGUGGCAACUCGUUAAACUUGAUGGAAAUUUUUCCGCCGACACUUAUAUUAGNNAAAUAAAAAUCCGUGUAAUACCCAAAAUUACGAAGCCUACUCAUAACCCGUUAUGGGCAAUAGNUCAUGUUAGUCAAUGUCCCAAUACAGACGUUUUGAGGAAAGGAAUUAUUUCGCAAAAAAAUAACAAUGCUACUUUGUUGUCGAAUAUAACUUGCCAAAAAUUAUUUUUUAACGAAAAUACUGUCGUAAGUUCUCUGCCAAAAGUUACAAACAGCAUAGAUCUAGACACAGAUGACAAAAUUUGUCCUGAAGGAAAAAUUGGACCAGAUUGUUUUUUUUCCUGCGAACAUGAUCUAAACAGCUCUUUUAACUGUAGAGGAACUGCAGUCUGUUAUAAACAUGGUUGUUUAUGUUCUCCAGGAUUUCAAGGCAAUACAUGCUCUGAUUUAUGUAACAACAAUUGGUAUGGGUAUAAUUGUACAAACAAAUGCGGUUUAUGCAACUCUUUUGGAUGUAACAAAAGAACUGGAGAAUGUAUCAACGGAUGUGCUGAUAACUUGAAAAUAUUGUACGUGCCACCCUUGUGUCAUAUAGGCAUAGAUAAGCUCACAGAACCUGAAAUUGUCUCUGUCACUUCAACAAGCAUCCGAACUAAACUUCCUAUAGUGUGGAAAGAGGAAUAUGAAAAAAUACAAAUAACUUAUUCGUUCACUAUUAUGGGAGAAAAUAACUACACCUUUUCGCAAUCGUGGAAUAAACUGGUACAAAAUAUAACACAUUUGACAGGAUAUUUCACCAAUUUAAAUCCUGGUUCUGUUUAUUCAAUCAAAUGCAAAUUGCUUGCAGUAAAUGAAAUAAUUGAAAGCAAGUGGCAAAGUGUAGAAACUGAUUGCGAACAUUAUNUUGUACUACGGUUGUGAAGAUUUAAAUUUACCUACACCAUUUGUGGCACCUAUUAAAAAAUUUACAAACANACCANAAAUCAUAUUCUCAGAUUUACAUCCAUAUGCGUCUUAUACAGCACAAGUGACAGUACAUGAAUCUCAGGAUAGCAGUUAUGGCGCAGAGAUAACUUUUAAUACAAACAAAUCUGACAUACCAACAGAAGUGUUUACAGAAUUAAAAGCACAAAAUUGGACAUUAUCAUGGCAGCCACCUAAAGAUUGCUCAACGAUUUCGGGACCAUUAAACGCUAAAAUAAAAAUUAGCGGAGUUAGCACAGCUGUAAAACAUUUCAGUGCAAUUGAAUUUACAUCGCGCUGGUAUAUUGACUUAACUAUACUGAAUCCACCACUACUUAGUAACNAGCUAUAUCGAGCAACUGUUUAUGUAAUAAGAGAAUAUAAUANUACACAGAAUUCCUCAGUUUAUCAAGAAUUNAACUUCAGAACGCCA